AUGCCCAAAACUUUUCAUAUUUGCGUUUACACCCCGCCUCUGCCUUCUCAAAAACCCCCCUUUCCACUCUUCUCUGGCAACUCAAAUUACUCUCCAGUAACUUGCUCUGCGUUAAUGGAGGUGCCCGAGUAUCUUGUCGGUGGCUACUACGGCACCGAGGGCGGUCAAUUUUCGCCGGACAAGCAGAAAUCCGCCGCCGAGCAGUUCGCUGUUGAUGAAUAUUUAUUGGAUUUCUCCAAUGAAGAUAUGGCAAUGCAGAGCGGUUGCUUCGAUAACGUUGCCGGAAAUUGCUGUGAUUCUUCGACGGUGACUGCGAUUGAGAGCUGCAAUUCGUCGGCCUCCAGCGGCGAUAACUUGGUGUUGGGAAAUUUUGGGUCUGGAGGCUUCUGUGAAGCUCAAUUCUCUAACGAACUCUGCAUUCCGUGCGACGAUUUGGCGGAGCUCGAAUGGCUGUCGAAUUUCGUUGAAGGAUCAUUUUCGACGGAGGAGAUUGAGAAGGAUUUUCAGGCGAUUCCAUUUCUCUCCGGGGGGAUCGGUACGGCGGUGACUCUAGAAGCGCCGUCGUCUUCAGGAGAGACGGCGUUUGGUUACGGAAGUGGAAAAACGACAUCGUUUUUUCACGGUGAAGCUCUUACUCUCCCCGGCAAAGCCCGAAGCAAACGAUCACGCGGUUCUCCUUGCGACUGGUCCACGCGCGUCCUCAGGGCGACGGCUCCAGAGGCGGGAAAGUCCGAAAUGACGUCAGGCCGGAAAUGCCAGCAUUGCGCGGCGGAGAAGACGCCGCAGUGGCGGACUGGGCCUAUGGGCCCAAAAACGCUUUGUAAUGCUUGUGGGGUCCGGUAUAAGUCGGGUCGACUGGUACCGGAAUACCGACCUGCUGCGAGCCCGACAUUUAUGUCGACGAAGCACUCGAAUUCUCACCGGAAGGUGAUGGAACUUCGACGGCAAAAUGAGGUAGAACAGUUGGGGAGAUGGAAGGGGGGUGAGGAGUACUUGAUCCACCGCCACAACGGCGGUGAUUUCAGUCGGAUGAUGUAGAAUUUUGCAGUAGAAGGGGCGGGUAGUUUUUAACCCUUCGAAUUCGGUAAUGAUUAUGAUCAUGGUGGGACUGAGUAGAUGAUGUACGGACUGUUUCCAGGCAUCUUUUUUAUGAUAAAUAUAGUUCAUGGG